UGUGCGUUGGCUGAAGGCCUCUCUCAAUUCCUUGCCACAUAGGCCUUCCCUGAGCAGCUCGCAGUGUGGUGGCUGGUUUCAUCAGAGUGGUGGCUCCCAAAAGAACGGGGCCAGGGUGGGAGAAGGAGUCAUAGUCUUUUGUAACCUAAUUGGAAGAGUGAUUUCUUAUUGCUGUGGCUGUAUUUGUUUGUCAGAGGCAGAUCAUUAGGUCCAGCCCACUCUUAAGGGGAUGGGAUUACACAAGGGCAUGAGCACCAGGAGGUGUGGACUGCUGGGGACUGUGUUAGAAGGCUGCCUGCCACAGCCUCUCACUGUUAAGAGUCUUUUGCCUAGGGGCAUCUGGACCCCACUGGCCCUUACUUCCUCCAUCACCCACUCAAGAUACCAGUGUUUCUAUGUCCAUUUCUCUCUUGAAUAUUAAGUAGAGACUGUGGGAGCUCAGCACAGUGAGUGUGGGCCCUGCCCACCUCUUCCUUACCAGGUUAGUGCUCCUUCCCUGCUCAGGCCUGUGUGAGCUUCUGGUCACAGCCUGUGGUGGCCAGCUCCAUCCAGGUGCCUCUGUACCUCCCAGCAGCUUUUAGUGGCUGAGUGUGGUACAGAAGACAAAGUGGACGAGGCCUUUUGUCCCCAGAGCCCUCACUAAGGCACAGCCACAUCAAGUUCACAAGGCUCAGAUGGUUGCCUCUGGUUCCUUUGUGCCCAGGGUCCCAGGAGGCAUUAACUUGCUCUGCUUGCUCAGCAUCUUGGCCCUUGCCUAUGCUGUAACCUGGAGUACUGCGUCGUAUGUGGGUGCCCCGGUGGCUUACGUCCAGCAGAUAUUUGUGAAAUCCUCAGUGUUUCCCUGGCACAAGAACCUCCUGGCAGUAGAUGUAUUUCGUUCACCUUUGUCCCGGGCUUUCCAACUGGUGGAGGAGAUCCGGAACCACGUGCUGAGAGACAGCUCUGGGACCAGGAGCUUGGAGGAGUUGUGUCUGCAAGUGACCGACCUGCUGCCAGGCCUCAGGAAGCUCAGGGACCUACUCCCUGAGCAUGGAUGCCUGCUGCUGUCCCCUGGGAAUUUCUGGCAGAAUGACCGGGAACGCUUCCAUGCUGAUCCUGACAUCAUUGGGACCAUCCACCAGCACGAGCCUAAAACCCUGCAGACUUCAGCCACACUCAAAGACUUGUUGUUUGGUGUUCCCGGGAAGUACAGCGGGGUGAGCCUCUACACCAGGAAGAGGAUGGUCUCCUACACCAUCACCCUGGUCUUCCAGCGCUACCAUGCCAAGUUCCUGGGCAGCCUGCGUGCCCGCCUGAUGCUUCUGCACCCCAGCCCCAACUGCAGCCUUCGGGCGGAGAGCCUGGUCCACGUGCACUUCAAGGAGGAGAUUGGUGUUGCUGAGCUCAUCCCCCUUGUGACCACCUACAUCAUCUUGUUUGCCUACAUCUACUUCUCCACGCGGAAGAUCGACAUGGUCAAGUCCAAGUGGGGGCUGGCCCUGGCCGCCGUGGUCACAGUGCUCAGCUCGCUGCUCAUGUCUGUGGGACUCUGCACACUCUUCGGCCUGACGCCCACCCUCAAUGGCGGCGAGAUUUUCCCCUACCUUGUGGUGGUUAUUGGGUUAGAGAACGUGUUGGUGCUCACCAAGUCCGUGGUCUCAACCCCGGUAGACCUGGAGGUGAAGCUGCGGAUCGCCCAAGGCCUAAGCAGCGAGAGCUGGUCCAUCAUGAAGAACAUGGCCACGGAGCUGGGCAUCAUCCUCAUUGGCUACUUCACCCUAGUGCCUGCCAUCCAGGAGUUCUGUCUCUUUGCCGUCGUGGGGCUGGUGUCUGACUUCUUCCUUCAGAUGCUGUUUUUCACCACUGUCCUGUCCAUUGACAUUCGCCGGAUGGAGCUAGCGGACCUGAACAAGCGGCUGCCCCCUGAGGCCUGCCUACCCUCAGCCAAGCCAGUGGGGCAGCCAACGCGCUACGAGCGGCAGCUGGCUGUGCGGCCGUCCACACCCCACACCAUCACGUUGCAGCCGUCUUCCUUCCGAAACCUGCGGCUCCCCAAGAGGCUGCGUGUUGUCUACUUCCUGGCCCGCACCCGCCUGGCACAGCGUCUCAUCAUGGCUGGCACCGUUGUCUGGAUUGGCAUCCUGGUAUACACAGACCCAGCAGGGCUGCGCACCUACCUCGCUGCCCAGGUGACGGAACAGAGCCCACUGGGUGAGGGAGCCCUGGCUCCCAUGCCCGUGCCUAGUGGCAUGCUGCCCGCCAGCCACCCGGACCCUGCCUUCUCCAUCUUCCCACCUGAUGCCCCUAAGCUACCUGAGAACCAGACAUCACCAGGCGAGCCACCUGAGCAUGGAGGUCCAGCAGAGGUUGUCCAUGACAGCCCAGUCCCAGAGGUAACCUGGGGGCCUGAGGAUGAGGAACUUUGGAGGAAAUUGUCCUUCCGCCACUGGCCGACACUCUUCAGCUAUUACAACAUCACACUGGCCAAGAGGUACAUCAGCCUGCUGCCCGUCAUCCCAGUCACACUCCGCCUGAACCCGAGGGAGGCCCUGGAGGGCCGGCACCCUCAGGAUGGCCGCAGUGCCUGGCCCCCACCGGGGCCCAUACCUGCUGGGCACUGGGAAGCGGGACCCAAGGGCCCAGGUGGGGUGCAGGCCCAUGGAGACGUCACACUGUACAAGGUGGCGGCACUGGGUCUAGCCGCGGGCAUUGUGUUGGUGCUGCUGCUGCUCUGCCUGUACCGCGUGCUGUGCCCGCGCAACUACGGGCAGCCGGGCAGCGGGCCCGGGCGGCGGAGGCGCGGAGAGCUGCCCUGCGACGACUACGGCUAUGCACCACCUGAGACGGAGAUUGUGCCGCUGGUCCUGCGCGGCCACCUCAUGGAUAUCGAGUGCCUGGCCAGCGACGGCAUGCUGCUGGUGAGCUGUUGCCUGGCAGGCCACGUCUGUGUGUGGGACGCACAGACCGGGGAUUGCCUCACGCGUAUCCCGCGCCCAGGCAGGCAGCGCCGGGACAGUGGCGUGGGCAGCGGGCUUGAGGCUCAGGAGAGCUGGGAACGACUUUCAGAUGGUGGGAAGGCUGGCCCAGAGGAGCCUGGGGACAGCCCUCCCCUGAGACACCGCCCCCGGGACCCUCCACCGCUUUCCCUCUUCGAGGACCAGCCUGACCUCACCUGCUUAAUUGACACCAACUUUUCGGCACAGCCACAGCCCUCACAGCCCACUCAGCCUGAGCCCCGGCACCGGGCGGUCUGUGGCCGCGCUCGGGACUCCCUAGGCUAUGACUUCAGCCGCCUGGUGCAGCGCGUGUACCAGGAGGAGGGGCUGGCGGCUGUCUGCACACCAGCCCUGCGCCCACCCUCGCCUGGGCCGGUGCUGCCCCAGGCCCCUGAGGACGAGGGUGGCUCCCCUGAGAAAGGCUCCCCUUCCCUUGCCUGGGCCCCCAGUGCGGAGGGUUCCAUCUGGAGCUUGGAGCUGCAGGGCCACCUCAUCGUGGUGGGGCGGAGCAGCGGCCGGCUGGAGGUGUGGGACGCCAUUGAAGGGGUGCUGUGCUGCAGCAGCGAGGAGGUCUCCUCAGGCAUUACUGCUCUGGUCUUCUUGGACAAAAGGAUUGUGGCUGCGCGGCUCAACGGUUCCCUUGAUUUCUUCUCCUUGGAGACCCACACUGCCCUCAGCCCCCUGCAGUUUAGAGGGACCCCAGGGCGGGGCAGUUCCCCUGCCUCUCCAGUGUACAGCAGCAGUGACACAGUGGCCUGUCGCCUGACCCACACAGUGCCCUGUGCACACCAAAAACCCAUCACAGCCCUGAAAGCCGCUGCCGGGCGCUUGGUGACUGGGAGUCAAGACCACACGCUAAGAGUAUUCCGUCUGGAGGACUCAUGCUGCCUCUUCACCCUUCAGGGCCACUCAGGGGCCAUCACGACUGUGUACAUUGACCAGACCAUGGUGCUGGCCAGUGGAGGACAAGAUGGGGCCAUCUGCCUGUGGGAUGUACUGACUGGCAGCCGGGUCAGCCAUGUGUUUGCUCACCGUGGGGAUGUCACUUCCCUCACCUGUACCACCUCCUGUGUCAUCAGCAGUGGCCUGGAUGACCUCAUCAGCAUCUGGGACCGCAGCACAGGCAUCAAGUUCUACUCCAUUCAGCAGGAUCUGGGGUGUGGUGCAAGCUUGGGUGUCAUCUCAGACAACCUGCUGGUGACCGGCGGCCAAGGCUGUGUCUCCUUUUGGGACCUAAACUACGGGGACCUGUUACAGACAGUCUACCUGGGGAAGAACAGUGAGGCCCAGCCUGCCCGCCAGAUCCUGGUGCUGGACAACGCUGCCAUUGUCUGCAACUUUGGCAGUGAGCUCAGCCUGGUGUAUGUGCCCUCCGUGCUGGAGAAGCUGGACUGAGCAUGGGGCCUCCCUGCCCAGGCAGCGGUCUGGGGUGCUGUGUGGGGGCCAAUGCACUGAACCUGGACUUGGGGGAAAGAGCCGAGUAUCUUCCAGCCGCUGCCUCCUGACUGUAAUAUUAAACUUUUUUAAAAAACCA